AUGGCCGACGUCGGUGACGAAUCCAGCCACGUGUCGGAGCCCCUCGACCUCGUGCGCCUGCUGCUGAACGAGGUCGUCUUCGUCAAGCUGAGGGGUGAUAGGGAGCUCAAGGGCAAGCUGCAUGCCUACGAUAGCCAUUGCAACUUGAUUCUGGGCGAGGUUGAGGAGACGAUCUACGCCGUGGACGAUGAGGAUGAUGACGAGGAGGCCAAGACGAUAAGCCGGAAAUCGGAGAUGCUCUUUGUACGAGGUGAUAGUGUUGUCUUGAUCUCUCCGCAGGUGCCGUUCUGA